UUGCUUAUGUUUUGGGCAGCAGAGAAGAAGAAAGGAAGGUCUUCGUAGAAUGUAUUACACUGCUAUACGCCAGCCAUGGUGAAGAUGGUGCAAAACGAAAACUUGCACAUAUACGAGUUGUCGGUACUGUUCUGAUCAGCCUAUUAUUUGUUACUUUGUCCAAAGGACACAUACUGCUCAUUCUGCGACCAUCGGGAUAUUUACUUCCGCAUAGAUAAAGGCUGACCGUCGAGACAGAAUUCCGUGAACCUGAUUGGCUGUCGGACCUCUCUGGAUCCCGUUCUUAUCUGUGAUUGGACGGUUUACGAAAAGGGGUUUGAGUGACGUGUACCCUCAAUGCACGUACCCACGAACGGUUGGAUAAGCAACGAGGUCAUAUGCGACUCAGGAAUACUCCCUGGUAGGAGACAAGUUAUGAAGGAGAAGAAGGCCUAAACUGUAUUGAAACAAUUAAGCAUACUCCAUAUGGAUGCUUCAUGUUGACCCUGGUUUUCCCCAAACUGAGUCGAGCAGUGGUGCGUGUGAGGAAACUGGCGGUGCAUCUCUCUAAAGCAACCAUGUCCACAAACAACCCGGGCUCCAGUCCGUCCUUUGCAGCCAACGGGGAUGCUCCCACUGCAGCCAUUCUCAUCAUCGGAGAUGAGAUACUCAAGGGUCACACACUGGACACAAACAGUGCCUUUCUGACACGAGCCCUAAGAAAGCUCGGGGUGUCCGUGCUGCGCAUAACGGUCAUACCCGACGUGCAGGAGGUCAUCGCCAAAGAGGUGGCCCUGCUCUCCCCUCAGUAUACACACCUCAUCACCUCAGGGGGCAUAGGCCCCACCCACGACGACAUCACCUUUGAGAGUGUCGCCAUGGCAUUCCAAGAGGAGUUGCACUCCCACCCUGAGCUCGCCCGGUUGGUUGAGGAAUUUUACGGGGUGGCCGAUAAGGACAGUGCCGCCAUGAAGCUAGCCAUGGUGCCUCGCUCGGCCCAUCUCAACUAUGGAACCGACCCUCAGACUGGACAACUGCUCCGCUACCCGGUGGUCAGCGUGCGUAACGUGUAUAUCUUUCCUGGGAUCCCGACUCUGAUGGAGAGGGCCUUCAGUGGGCUGGAGCACGUCUUUGCUGCUUCAGGGACCACUUUUCACACCCGUGAGGUGUUUGUGGAUGCAGACGAAGCAGAUAUCGCCCCCGUGCUGACAAAACUGCAGGCUGCUUGGGGUCGGAAGGUGGCUCUUGGCUCCUACCCCGACUGGUUGAGCAACUAUCACAGAGUCCGGCUGGUCCUGGACUCGGAUAGCCAGGAGGAGGUGGACAAAGCCCGGGCACAGCUGCUGGACGAGCUGCCGAAGGGAAGCGUGGUGCCCUUAGUGACUGACUCGGUGUCCAUCGCCACUGCUGAGGUGUACAGACUGGCCAACAGCGGCACACUGUUGGGUGAGAAAGUUAUGUCCGCGCUGAAAACGAUAGAGGCUGCACUGGAUCAGUAUUCGACGGAGGAAGUCUGCAUCGGCUUCAACGGAGGCAAAGACUGCACAGCGCUGCUCCAUCUCUACUAUGCAGCGCUGAAACGACGAUACCCAGAUGGUAAAGACAAGGUGAAAGCCCUCUAUAUCCGUAUCGUCUCUCCAUUCCCAGAAAUGGAGAGAUUCCUUCAGGACACGAUAAAGAGAUAUGACUUGGAGAUAUUCUCCGUGGAGGGCAGUAUACGGCAGGCGCUUAGCGAGGUGCAGGAGAGGAGGCCGGAGCUGAAAGCUGUCCUUAUGGGAACCAGGAGGAGUGACCCCUACUCGCACACACUCGCGGCCAUGUGUCCCACUGACCCCGGCUGGCCAGACUACAUGAGAGUCAACCCAUUACUGGACUGGACGUAUCGUGACAUCUGGUCGCUCUUGAGGACGUUAUAUGUUCCCUACUGUAUUCUCUAUGAUAAAGGGUACACCUCACUUGGCAGUAUGGACAACACCUGUCGAAACACUUCCCUCCAGAUGGUGGAUGGGAGGGGGGUGUCGCGGUACAAGGCGGCCUACCUCCUGGAGAACGAAGAGGAGGAGCGAAACUCCCGUGCCUGAUGCGGUCUCACUUCUCACCGUGUCACCUGUUACUGAUCCAGCCUGGUUUUCCACCCCCUUGCACACAUGAAAACGUGGCCGUUUUUUUAAAAUCAAGUCGUCAUGCGAAUAUUUG